AUGGCCGUGGGUUCGAGCCCCACCCGGGGUGCGCUGCCCCGAUCGCCCAGCGUGAUCGGAAACAAUUUUUUUGGUUGA